AUGAUCCGGAGCGAACCAAGCACAGCGUUUUCAGAGGAUUUUCAACCGUCCAAGAAUCCAUCGUCUGCUCACGAGUCCAUCAUCCGUCGCGACGCGGUCGGAGACGGAGUACCAAAGGUCGUGACGAUGUCUGGGCAGUCUCAUAAAAACAAUCAGUCGAGAAUUCGCCAAAGGUACACGACAUCUCGCCAAGCAGCGAUGCAUCCGUUCAAUGCCAUAGCCGAUACCUUCGACGUGACUCCAGUACGAUCUCGACCUGUUCUCGCACCGCGAGUACCAGCCGUCACAGCACUCGCCGCAGAGAGAAGAGCCCCCAAUCGACGCAAGAAGCUCAAAUGGCGGACGCGCGAUUCCCAGGCUUCGCAGCUCUACAACUUGGAGCUGGACGUCAUGCAUCUUCUACAGGAAAUUCAACGCUUGGCAGAGUAUCAACAAAUUCUCGACGCCCGCACUUUCAAUCGUCGUGAUGCGUUGGAUGGCUACUACGUCAAGACAGUGCAAGAGUACCACCGUGUAUUUGAGAACGGCUAUCGUCCAGGCUCCCCGCUUGAUGCGACCCAGUACGUUAUGCAAACUAUGGACGAGAACCUGAGUAUUGGUGGGUUCAGCGGACGUGGCGUGAUGCUGCAUCAGUGGGAACAAUACACAAAGGCGCUCUCCGGCCUCGAAUUUCACUACCUGCGCUCUCAAGUCCUCUCGAUGGAAGGGCACACGGUCGUCACGUCCUAUGCCAGCUACAAACACAUCGUAACACGAGACACGGUGGAGGUCAUGUUUCCUGAAGCACUACGACAAUAUCCACGCAUUGUGACGAAGAUGUUGGGGCGUGUGUUCAAAGGCGUCGGCAAGUUUGACUUCGUCUUUGACACGCAGACGCACAACAUUAUCUCGUUUGAAUUUGAACUAGACUUCCUCGAAGAGUUUUCUCGUUUGCUUCAGGACCCGCGCGAUCUUUGUGCCAUUUUCAAAGGAGCAAGGAUCACCGAGGAAUGUCUGAUUGGGGACGUUACCGGCUACGGGGAGGUCACGUCGAGUCCAAACGCUGGUACAAUUGCGACAGCUAAAGUUGAGAAAAAGACAGAGGCCAGUUUCGAUACAGAUUUAGAGGAUAAGACGCCUUCAGGGCAUAGCGACGAAGAGUGGCGACAGCCUUCGUUGACUAAUAGGACGGGCAGACGCAAGGAGAUUUGGGAGUAG